AAGAGAAGGAGGGAGGGAAAGAGAAAGAGAGAGAGAGAGAAACAGAGCAGGGUCUGUUGACCAUAGAGGCUGGUUGAUCUUUCCUCUGUCCUUCAUCCAUGGCCAAACGGCGCUGACUUCCUCCAUUCGCUUGUACCAAAGGGACAGAUAGACGGAAGGAGAAAGAAGAAAAGCGGAAACGGUUUCACAGUGGCUUCCGGGAACGCAGGGGCGAGCUCAAGCCCUGGAGCUGUUACUGCUGGAUGGGCAAGUGCUGACAAAACAACGCGAGGGAGGGACACUCGAGAGACACGGACGCUUGCAGAUCUAAGAUUCCUCCUUUUUUCCAGAAACCUUGCCCUCUUAAUCGACGCUUGAAUCCCACGCUCUUCUUUGAAACUGACGCGAGAGUGUAUGUGGAAGCAAGAAGAUCCGAGCCUGGGUUUCCCAACAGGACAGAAAGGGUGUGUGCGUGUGUGUGUUUGUAUCUGAGCGAGAUAAAGGGGACUUCCUUGAACUUUGAUCCUUCAUAGUGAGGGCUGAAAGAGAACUCUGUUUAUCAUUAGCAGGCUUUGUCUCUUUCUCUUCUCGGUAGCUUUGAACGGGAAGAUUUAUUGGAACUUGUGUUCUGAACAUGUGAACUUUAUUUGGUGAGAUAUUGCUGUAACCAAAAACUCAUUUUCUGCUUCUAUAUUUUUUGUUUUUACUGUGUGUGUUUUUUUUAAAAUAGUGGGGACAGAGUUUACGAGCUCUGGAAAACACAGAACAGGUUUGACUUGUUAGUGACCUGUGGGCAGGGCAACUGUCUCAUUCUCGGCUCCUAAAGCGGCACACGGUUUUGAAUGCUCACUGGCUGAGAUGAGGCAUUUCAAUUCUUCUUAAGAGGCGCUUUACUUCUGCCCCAGUUUCGGAGUCGCGGGGACGUGCAUGUUUAUGUGUAAUUUAUAGUUUCCUGUAAAAAGGGCAGGCUGUAUGUUACUCACUCUUGACUGAACUCUGAACUAUUUGGCGAAGCAGACGUUCUUCGAGAGCCCUUGAGGAUUACUUUGAAGUUAAACCGAGUUUUAAGAUCAGUAGGAAUACUGAAGACUACAAAACAGGAGAACAUUUGCUGAUCGACCGUCGACUCUCUGAAAGGUCUGUUUUCGAACGAGCCCUCAGAUUUAGGCUGCGUAAACGUUUGCGGACCUCGCGUCACUGUUUACUUUUUUUUUUUUUUCCUUCCACACUCGAGAAGCUUGAGGUUAAUGUCUACAGUGUGAACUCUCACACACAGUCUCUGGCAAGUCUGAAUACUCACUGUUGGGAGAGGAUUUUGUAAAAACAACACACACAAAAAAGCUCUGGUGGUGCACACAGCGAUGGCCAUGGUGGGUGGGGGAUGGGGUAACCCUAAUGGGAGCACCAAUGGCCUGGGGGAGAAGGGCUACCUACGGGGGGAGGAGGACGAGAGCUCUCCGCAGGCAGGGAACAGCGAUGCCGAGGGCGGAGAGGAUGACAAGGCCUGCGUGGUGGACUGUGUGGUGUGCGGCGACAAGUCCAGCGGCAAGCACUACGGCGUCUUCACCUGUGAGGGCUGCAAGAGUUUCUUCAAGAGGAGCAUCCGUCGCAACCUGAGCUACACAUGCAGAUCAAAUCGAGAAUGUCAGAUUGAUCAACAUCAUCGCAACCAGUGCCAGUACUGCCGUCUGAAGAAAUGCUUUCGUGUGGGCAUGAGAAAAGAAGCAGUCCAGCGUGGACGCAUUCCUCCAUCACACUCAGGUAUCAGCCCAACCACUAUGGUGUCGGCUGGUGGAGGUGGACCAGGAGGACCAGGCAUGGCCGGUGACUUUUUCAAUGGUCAGCCGGCACCCGAGCUUAUCUCACAGCUCCUGAGAGCCGAACCGUACCCCAGCAGCCGCUACGGAGCUCAGUGUGGUCAACAGUUGCCUGGAGGCCACGGCUCCGUCAUGGGAAUCGACAGUAUUUGUGAGUUGGCUGCCCGACUCCUCUUCAGCACCAUUGAGUGGGCUCGGAACAUUCCCUUCUUCCCUGACUUACCUGUCUCGGAGCAAGUGGCCCUGCUGCGCCUCAGCUGGAGCGAACUGUUCAUCCUGAAUGCAGCACAAUCAGCCCUGCCUCUACACAUGGCCCCCCUGCUGGCUGCUGCUGGCUUCCACGCUUCCCCGAUGUCUGCUGAGCGUGUGGUAUCCUUCAUGGACCAGGUGCGAGUCUUCCAGGACCAGGUGGAUAAGCUCACACGACUACAGGUGGACUCUGCUGAAUAUAGCUGCCUCAAAGCCAUAGCCCUCUUUUCACCUGAUGCAUGUGGACUGACAGACCCAGCCCACGUGGAGAGUCUGCAGGAGAAGGCUCAGGUGGCGCUGACUGAAUACGAACGCAUGCAGUAUCCGACUCAACCACAGCGUUUCGGUCGCCUCCUUCUCCGUCUGCCCUCACUGAGAGCUGUCCCCGCAAACCUCAUAUCUCAGCUCUUCUUCAUGCGACUGGUCGGCAAGACGCCCAUCGAGACACUCAUUCGAGACAUGCAGCUCUCUGGUAGCUCCAUUAGCUGGCCUUACGUGCCUGGACAGUAGCUGGGUCGGACACCCUGAGAGCAGACGACAGUCAGCCACUCAAACUUUGACUUUCAUGUUCUGUGUGGGCUUAUAGGAUUGUGAUAUGUAAUUUCCUUUUAGUUGCUGCGAGGAUAUUCAUGUUGUGUACAGCAUGCCAUUGCUCAUUAGUGUACAUGGAGAAGGAUGGCCAAAGGUCAAUAUGCUGUCACAUGUCCUUGGGCAGAUGAAUAGUGUCACUAGAUUUUGGGAUACCUCAGGUUUUUUACGUAAAUAGCAGAUCUUAUAGCGGUGACUCUAUUGUAAAUGCAUAAGCACAGUGACAGAUGAUUGACAAGAAACUAUGACUAGUAAAGGAAAAGACAAUACAUUUAAGGCAUUGCAUUCAGAGAUGAAUAUCUCAACGCUAUGGUAUAUGACUGAUCCAGGUCCAGCUUUAAUCAAUUACAGGAACAUUCCUGCUAUACCUAAGAAUAAUUACUGUUUCAAUUAUAACAAUUGAUUAUGUAGUUUAGACAAAUUAACCCACUCAUGAAGGUAUCGCCAUGGACUGCAGUGCUACUUACUUGAGAAUCAGUGGUGAAUAUGUAUUGUAAAUGUGAUGGUCACAUUGUUUAAAAAAAAAAAAGAAGCUCUGUGUACUCUUACUUAAUUGGGUCCAAAAAUUUUUUCAUAUCGUCGGCCAUUAAAAAUAUCCAAUAUUUUUGCAUACGAAUAAUUAAAAAGAAUACAUCCAAACAUUUUGUGCUGAAAUUUUGAUUAGACUGGAAUUUAUUCUUUGAUCUCUGGAUUUCAAGAAAGCCACAUUUGUCAUUUGUUACUGAGGGAAAUAUGGUUUUCUUUUACAGUCAGAGAACUAGUUCAAGUUCAUAUGAUGUUUUAAAGUGCACCUAUUAUGGUUUU